UGGUCACCAAGGGUUGCAGUCGUAGAUGGCUCAUGGCCUAUGGUGUAGGCCUACUCCUCCUGCUGCGCCUCCAACAAUACUGGCUCCAUGUGAGGGAGGCUGAGGCUGGUAAGGAGGAAGACACAGUACACUUUCACAAGGUUGUGGAUGUCCAUGGCUCUCGUGUGCUGGCCUACACAAUACAAGAAGGAUGUCGUGACAAAGGUGUCGUCUAUAUUCCCGGCUACGAGGCAACCAACACAAGUGUGACAAUACGAUUCUUGAGUAACUUGUGCAGUUUGUACCACUUGUCUUUUCUAAGGUAUGAUCCCACACACGUGGGAUACAGCAAAAUAAUCUGGCGUCCGAGGCAGAUGAAAAAUACCUUACAGAUAUGGAUGGACGAUGCUCUUGAAAUGUUAAACAAGACUAGGGGGCCACAGAUCAUCAUUGGUCACUCACUUGGGGCAUGGAUCGCGCUUCAGUUGGCGCUAAAACAUCCUGAUAAAGUGGCUGGCUUGUUACUCUUGGGACCUAUGUACAAUGUUUUUGAAGCAAUUGACGACUUGCCCAAUGGUACGGAAGAUCUGGAAGAGACAGUGCAGACGUUGGACGGAGACGAAGACACUAUCGAGGAGACAUGGCAGUACCUCAUCCCAACGGCACCAUCUUCGUUAAAGAUUUUCUCCAAAGUAUACAUCAUUCAUUGGGAAUCUGAUGAGGUACCAUACCAAUUUUCUGAUAUGUUGCUCACUUCACUAGCAUCCAAGGAUAAGCAUCUCAACAUCUUAACAUCUGCCAAUCAUUAUCUCCAAGAUCUGACCUCCCUCUGUGAAAUAGGAACCACUCUCUUGAGUAUGAUAUAGCUUCUUUGGAGCAUUAUGAUAAUAUAAAUAGAAAGGCCUAAUGAUUCUUUACUUUUUAUGCAUAUUGUAGUACUGUACCAAAACUAACAACAUGAGGGAUAGUGAGUUUAUAAUGACCUCUACUCUCAUCUAAUAGUAUCAGUAAUAUGUACUACUACUGUGUAGAUGUUUUCCUUAGUUGAUAUAAAGGAAUAGUCUCUCAAGUUGCAUUUGAACUUACUUUCUGCUAUUUUGCUUAUUGGAGAGAAAAGGCACUUUUUUCAGAAAUUACAGGGUACAAAAAGAACAACUGCAUUUCACUUUGAUUUUGUUUAGUUAAGCACCAUAUUCUGUAUACAAAUGGAAUCAAAUAUAAUUUACCAAAUAUUUCAACUUUGGAUUCAGAUAGACUGCAAUAAUAUUGUUGUUAAAUUAACUACUGGUAUCAACAAUGGCAAUCAAUGUAUCUAUCCAUUAUGGUAUUUGUAAACAAAUUUGCAGAUAUUAUGGAGAUAGAAAACAAAUGUUUUCUUACAUUUUGAUCGUCAAGUGUC